AUGAAUGAAAUUAAUUUCACGACGUUUCAAGAUGAGAAAUUUGUUCUUCAUCGAGUCAAAUUUGCGAUUUUAUUAACUUUACAAAUCCCCGCAAUUCUCCUUUCCCUUUUGAUCUUUUUUUAUUUCUUCACACAUCGAACGAUUCUUCAUAUUCGUCAAAAUCAAGCUUUAUUUCUCUUAUUAAUCAUCAAUUUCAUUCAAUUAACAUUCGAUUUACCAAUGGUUAUUCAUUUCAAUCGUCUUGGUUACGUUAGUCCAACAAAAUCAUCUUAUUGUGCAUGGUGGACAUUUCUCGAAUACACUCUCAAUGCUGCAAGUGAAAUGUUAAUGGCAACAAUAUCAAUUCAACGACAUAUUCUUAUCUUUCAUGCAAAUCUCUUCAAUAAUCGAUUAAAUCGAUAUGUUUUACAUCAUUUACCACUUCUCAUUUGUAUUAUUUAUCCAAUAAUUCUCUAUUUGGUUAUCAUUGUGUUUGAUUUUUCUUGUGAUGGAACACAAUGGGAUUAUAGUUCAAAUAUUUGUGGAUUAGCAAAUUGUUAUCUUGUUUAUGACAAAGUUUUAGGAAGUUUUGAUUGGGUAGUUGAUAAUGGUUUACCUGUUGUGGUGAUCAUUUUGGCGAAUAUUGGACUUAUUAUACGUGUUCUUCGACAAAAACGUCGUGGUCAAGGGAUUAUUUCAUGGAAAAAACAACGAAAAUUAACACUUCAAUUAUUGAGUAUUUCUUCAAUUUAUUUUCUCGGAUGGUUUCCGAAUAUUUUCAUUGGAAUUAUUCAACAAUUAUUCAUUCCAGGAUUUAUUUCUAAUAUUCAAUUUGAUUACAUUUUCGAUUUACUUUAUCUGAUUUAUCUUUUAAUGCCAUGGAUAUGUUUAGGAUUAUUCCCAGAAUUUAUUAAAUGGAUAAGGAAAUUCUUUGUCAAAGAAUAUCAAAGAGGAAAUACUAUUCGACCUACAAAUCAUUUCAAUUAA